GGCGCUCAGUCGCGCGCCGGCUGCCGACGUGCGAGGUGUGUGUCCGUGCGUGUGCUCCGUGAGCGACAGAGUGCGCUGCGAUGGCGCGAUGAAGACUUGCGGCCGCGCGGCGUUUUGCUGGGCCCUGCUGUGCCUCGCUGGCAGCCUGGCCGCGCCGCGCCGCCCCUACUGCGAGCGCGCGGACGUCGCGUGGCGAGCCUACCGGGCCCCGGCAGCCUUCGAGGCGCGCGUGCAGUCGCUGGCCCGCGACGCCGCCACGCUGCAGGUGCGCCGCGUGCUGCGUCGCCAGGGCCGCUGGCCACACGAGGACGCCAUCAUCCGCCUCAAGCUGCCCCAGGAUCCCUUGGAGUGCUCGGGACGUUUCGAAGUGCCUUUACAGAAUCGAAAGAACUAUAUCGUGUUCGCGGAGAGGAGAGGCCACGCUGCCGUGGCCCUCGGUCCUCCCUUGAGAAGGACUAGCAAGUUGAUUAAGAGGAUCCGGGCCGUCUACAAGCCGGGUUACAGUAGCCCCGCGCGCGUCGAGAAGAUGCAGUCAGUGAGGGCGACGCGAGGCGGCCGUGUGAAGCUGGAGUGUCGCGCCAGCGCUCGACCGCCGCCUAGGAUUUCGUGGUACAAGGACGGCCGGCCUGUCGCCGACAUCGCCUUGAGAAGGUUCCGGGUGCAGAGCUUCAGAAGGCGCUCGGUGUUAGUGAUAAGACACGCGCGGCGCGAGGACUCGGCGCGGUACGAGUGUCGAGCGCAGGGCGCCGUGGGACCGCCUGCCAUCGCCACAGCCAAUGUGAGCGUACUACCGCCAGAGUCUAACUCUCCUGAUACUUCGAUGCUCGGUGCGCCGUGUCCCAUGCCGGACCCGUCCUCCUACUGCCUCAAUGGAGGCACGUGUUUAUUCUUUGAACUUGUUCAAGAGCAGGCUUGCAAAUGUCCUGAAGGUUUCAACGGGCAGCGCUGCGAGAACAAGGACGUGUCGAACAGGAGCAGUAUGUAUCAUUCCUACACAUGCAAACUGGGCCUCUCCACCUCCUACUACUGUUAGGGAAUGAACUACCGCUAAUUACCUACCCACCUAUUUCUUAAGAUAGAAAACACGCCGCAACACGUUCAAAUUGUCUAAUGAUCCAACGAUAUGCACAGCACUCUGAAGUUAGCUAAGAUUAUUCGUAGAGUUUGCGAUGGAAUUAUAGUUUUAAGUAUAUUUAUUUACAUUAUUGCAUAUCGAUAUUAUUAUCACUUACAAUACAUACGAAGAAUGUAUAUAAUCCGUGAAAAAUUGGAAAAUAUAUUCUUUCACAACAUAAUCAUUAUUUUUAUGGAAGUCACUUUUACAGAAUGUUCCUAUAACGUUAUGAAAGUUAGACUCUAUAGAUAGCUUGUAGCUACAGUUCUGUUGCACAUUUAACACAAAUUGUAUCCCAAUCUAAAAAAAUACUAUCUCAAAACAGAAUGUUUUGCAAUCACUUGUUUUAAAAAAAAUAGAUGUCUAAAUGACUGUUGCAAUUGUCAUUACAAUUUUUUUAAAUAAUAAUCAUCGCCCAUAUUACUUAUAUUCGACAAUCUUAUUAAAUAAUUUUUAAAUAUCGACUUUAGUGAGGGUCAGUUAUUACGUGAUUACUUCAAGAAACUCUGUUGCUCGUGUAGACGAGACAACAUGAAGAUUCUAGAAACAACUAUGAUAUGUAAUAUGUACUCUCUUCUCUCGCUUUCAAUAAAAUACAGUUAUUAUUGUACCUAUAGCUGGCCCAGUGAAAUUAUGCAUUAAGUUAUGUAAAUACACUAAAUUAUCAACGUUUGCAAUGAAAUUUUUCUUUUUUAAUAUCUGAAGACUAUUAAUUAAGUCCCAGUUUUUAUGUUGUAAAUAUUUUAAUUAAAUUUGUAAUUUUGCAAAUUAAUGUAUUGUUAUUAACGCAUAAGGUUUUAUAACUUGUUUUAGUAUGUAAUAUUCUGAUGAAGAGACUUACAAGUUUUGUACAUAUCUAAUAGGUUAAGAUUUUUAGGUACAUUUUGAAAUGGAUAUUCUUAUCCUUCUAUGCAAGAGUAGGCUUAUCUCUGACCUCGAGAUUCAAUAGUAUUAUAUUCAUUUUUUAUAGGUUUCUAUAUAUAUUAUCUCUUAAAAACAUGAUUAGUUGAAAUAGUUAAAUUACCUAGUCAAGAGGCGAUUUGAAAAUUUUAUGUAAACAUACUAAUAAUAGUGAUGAUAGAAAUAUUAUGAAUGUUUGUUUGGGGCAUACUUACCUAAGUACUUCUUUGAAUAGAUUUACAUCCAACUUAUAGCUGUAUGGGACCGUAUAUUUAUUGACGGAUACGUGGUCUUGUUACUUUCAUUUUGUAUAAAGUUUUCCUGUAGUACCUACACUUAUUUAUAUUUAGAAAAUUUAUUUAUUAUAGAUGUGAGUUAUAGGCAAUUGAUGAAGGUGAAGUGACGUCAUAGCCUUACUUUUUAACCAAAUAACCUUUAAUUUUCUAAAGAUCUGAACUUUCGUGACGUCACUGUGCUUUUCCUGAUAUGUCUCACAACAAAUAUUAAGCAACACAUUGUGUUAUUAUAUAAUAAAGAAUACCAAAAUUACAAUAAAAGAAUGAGUGUUGGAAUUAAUUGAAAGGCUACAA